CUCUCCAUCCUCUAUAAUAGUCGGUGUUUGAUUUUUUGAGCUGGUAAAGCUCAAUUUUUUUUAUAUGAAAGUUGUGGUUUCUGGUUUUGAAUUCUGUGUCUUUUUGGUCAUUGUGCGACUGUGUUUCGUGAUCUGAUCUUUAAUUAUUUUCCUCACUGUUUGGUUUCUGGGAAAGGUGGAGAAAAAUGAAGGGAAAUAAAAGAGGCAAAACUAUCUGGGGUGAUUAGUUAUUAUUGUUUCGGACACUAUACUAGUAAUUAUUGCUUUAAGUCCACUUGAUUGGAAAGCGAGAAAGUGUGGAAUUAAUUUUAGUUUUUAUGCGGAAUGAAUAAAAUUUUAUUUAUUCUUCUCUAGCUUUCGUAUUUCAUGCAUUUGAGUUCACCGUUCAAAGUUAUUUAUUUUCUUUAAAGUUUACCUCUGGAGAAAUAUUGAUUUUCUUAAAGGAGUAUAAGUUUCUAUCUUUUAGUUUUAUUCUUAUUCGUAAUAUUAGGAAGAUCGUACUUUUUUCGUUUGAGAAGAAUAAUGAAGAUUCUGCGUUAUUUCCUUUUUCAAAGGAACAUUAGCUGUAAUGGAUUUUACUUUAGAUGAUUGUAGAUGAACAGCAGAUCUGAUAUUUGACCCGAGCUAUAAGAUUGUGUUGCUCGGGUUCAUGCUUUUGGCACGGGCAAUCUUCUAAGUUUUUGAGUGCGGGGAAUAUGGUUUUGUGAAUUAUUGUUGCUUUGCUAAAUUUUCUGCGCACAUAAAUGUGUUUGAAUUUCGGUAUGAUCCAUUGGCUAUUUGUUAGUUCUCGUAUGAGUUUGGUAAUUUCUAAUUUCCAAAAUUUUCAACUUUACAUUCUUGCGAGUUUGUGAAAUCCCAGAAUCGAUGGGUAGCUUUCAACGUUUCUUUUCACUUACUGUGGCUUUAUUUCCUGGGACAAUAUUGGGAAGAAAGAUGAAGAAAUUCUGAACUCCAAGUCGUUGCUGCGUGCUUAAUCCCUAGAAAUGAGGAAACAUCCCGUCAUUUGAUUGGCCAAUUGAAGCAUGUGCAGUGGUCCAGAACGAUCAGAAUCGUCAUCGACUCCACCUGUGUCAACUGUAGAAAUCACAUCUAACACCAAAGACAUGAAUAACCCAACUGUUCAAGCUGAAGGUCCUUUGUUCAGCUUACUCGAUCUUGCUGCUAACAAUGAUGUUGCAGGCUUUAAGCGAUCUGCAGAGAAGGAUGCUUCUUUAAUUGAUGAGGUUGGACUCUGGUAUGUUCGCCAGAAAGGCUCAAGACAAAUUGUUCUUGAGCAUAGAACUCCAUUAAUGGUUGCUGCAACCUAUGGAAGUGUUGAUGUUCUUAAAUUUAUACUCUCUCAUUCUCGGGUGGAUGUAAAUUUCUCGUGUGGCCAAGAUAAAACCACUGCUCUUCACUGCGCCACUUCUGGUGGAUCAAUUAACGCAGCUGACGUUCUGAAGCUGCUUUUAUUAAUGGGUGCUGAUCCAAAUCGUACUGAUGCCAAUGGUCUUCGCCCCAUUGAUGUUCUUGUUGUUCCUCCAAAGAUGCAAAGCAUGAGAGUGGCUGUUGAAGAGCUUCUCUCUAACAAUGCUUCCGACAGCUCAUUUAGUGAGCACCAUCUGCGUGUAUCCAUUAGUUCCUCUUGUUCAGACUCACCAACCCUUUCCUCAUCCCCGGAAAAUGGAUUGCCAUCUUCUCCUUCAGAGUUGGUAUCUUCUCUAAUGGCUUCAAAGUUUAAUGAUAUACCUGUUAGUUAUGCAUUGGAGAAGAAAGAGUACCCUGUUGAUCCUUCCCUCCCUGACAUUAAGAACAGUAUCUACGCAACAGAUGAGUUCCGCAUGUUCUCAUUCAAAGUUCGGCCUUGUUCUCGAGCGUACUCCCACGAUUGGACCGAGUGCCCUUUUGUGCACCCUGGAGAAAACGCUCGCAGAAGAGACCCAAGGAAGUACCAUUACAGCUGUGUGCCUUGCCCUGAGUUCCGAAAGGGAGCUUGUAGGCGUGGGGAUAUGUGUGAAUAUGCUCAUGGAGUUUUUGAGUGCUGGCUCCACCCGGCUCAAUACCGGACUCGGCUCUGCAAGGAUGGUACAAGCUGCAAUAGACGGGUCUGUUUUUUUGCUCACACAGCUGAGGAGCUUCGUCCCUUGUAUCUAUCUACCGGAUCUGCUGUCCCAUCACCUCGCUCAUCUGCCUCUGCUCAUGGUGUCAUGGACAUGGCUGCUGCAAUGAGCUUAUUACCUGGGUCUCCUUCAUCUAUCUCUGCUCUGUCGCCUUCUCCAUUUGCUCAACCCAUGUCUCCAUCUGCAAAUAAUGGCAUGUCACAGUCGUCCAUUCCGUGGCCCCAGCCAAAUGUACCAACCCUUAGUCUUCCUGGAAGCAAUCUUCAGUCCAGUCGCCUGAGAUCAUCCCUUAGUGCCCGUGACAUCCCACCUGAGCAUUUGAGUGCGAUGCAUGAUUUUGAUGCCCAGCAACAUCUUCUUAAUGACUUGACUUGUUUUUCACAGUCAUGGUCCAAUAAUGUCCCUGCUAACCGUCCUGGUCGGUCCAAGACACUAACACCUUCAAACCUUGAAGAGCUAUUUUGUGCGGAGAUCUCUUCAUCUCCCCGGUAUUCUGAUGCAGCAGCUUCUGCUGUUUUUUCCCCUGCUCACAAAUCAGCUGUUCUUAAUCAAUUCCAACAGCAGCAGAGCAUGUUAUCACCCAUUAACACGAAUGUAUUCUCCCCCAAAAAUGUCGAUCACCCUUUAUUGCAGGCUUCAUUUGGUAUCCAAUCCCCUGGAAGGAUGUCGCCUAGAAGUGUGGAGCCAAUCUCCCCAAUUGGCUCUCGACUCGCUGUAUUUGCUCAGCGUGAGAAACAGCAUCAACAGCUGCACAGCCUCAGCUCGCGGGAUCUUGGAAGCAACAACCAAGCCUCCAUUGGUUGUUCUCCUGUAAAUUCUUGGGCAAAAUGGGGAUCACCAAAUGGAAAAUUGGAUUUGCUAGUUAAUGGAGAUGACAUGGGGCGACCACAUAGAUCAUCAUCAUUUGAGCUUGCUAACAAUGGGGAGGAGCCUGACUUGUCAUGGGUUCAGUCUCUAGUUAAGGAAUCACCGACUGAGUUGAUGAAAGAGAAGUUGGCAGUUUCAGCCUCGAGGGCUGCAUCAUCUGGUGAAGGUUUGAAUUCUAAUUCUCAAAGUGAAUCCAUUGAUCAUUCUGUAUUAGGAGCUUGGCUUGAGCAGAUGCAGCUUGAUCAACUCGUAGUAUGACGAAAGUAAAUUUUUUUUGCUCAUUGAGAUUGGUUAAAAGAAAUCGGUGGGUACAUAAAAUUUUUUGUGGGUUACUUUUUGCCGGUGGUGAAGGUCAAGUGGAGAAGUUAACAGUAGGAAAGUUGGAAAUUGGUGGUUAAGGCCUAAGAGUGAAGAAUGACUGGAUAAAGUGAGGAUAUGAUUCAUUUUUUUUUUCACAAUUUGUUGUUUACCGCAGAAUUCUGAAGAGAAAGAAGCUUACUCUGGGCUAAUGUUAAAGAAAUCUAGUCCAGGUUAGGUAUCUCUC